CUAAAUCAAUUUUUAAUGCACCUUUACAAGAAUUAGUUGAAUCAAUUUUAGAUAAAAUUAAAUUAUCAGAUGAACUAGGUGCUAAAAAAUCAGCUCAUGCUUUAGCAAAUAAGAAAGGAAAACAAUUAAAACUUUUAUCAGCUAUUCUACG